CGCAGCACCCCUGUGGUAGUUGUAGUCGGACCGCCAACGUCGUAUCCUUCCCCAAAUCGAAGUUUAUCCUCCUCUCAUCGAAAGAUCGGGAACCCCCGUUGCUGCAUCAAGUGGUAUCAGAGCUCAAGUUGCUCGGUGAGAGAUUUUAUCACUUCUUUGUUUUUACCUACAGCCCAAAAGAAAAACCACUAAAAUAGGUCAGACCCGAAAUCACCAAAACAUGUUGAGCCUUUGCUGUUCUACUUAGUCUUUGCUUGCUGAGUUUUCGAUUGCAUCGAUUGGUUGAGUUGCUGGUUCUAGUAGUUUAGUCCUUUAGAGUUUCGAGUUCUGCUCAUGAAUUCGUCACCGCAAACACUUCCACCAUCACUUCAUUUAUCUUCAUCCCGCUGCCACCAUCACCACCAUAUUCACCACGAAAUCCACCUCCAACCCCACCAAAUUUCGUCCACCACAACCAGCAGCACCCUCAUCACCACAUCAGCCACCCCCAAAUGCAUUUAUUGCUGCCUCCACCAACAGCCAACCCUUUUGCAACUUUUUGAAGUGAAUCAGCCCUUCCCAAGAAAGCAUUUAAGUGCUCUCACUUUUGACUUGUUGGCUGAAUCAUGUAACUAGCCAACCAACCCAUCAUUACUUCUUGUUUUGACUUGUUGGCUGAAGCUUUGAGCUUGCUGUACAAAAAAAAAAGAAAGAAAACAAAAAAAAGAAAGAAAAAAAAUCAGAAGUGAAGAGAAGGAAAAAAAAAGGAAGGGAAGAGAGGAAGUUGUUGUUGUUGCUGUUUUGUUUGUGUUAUUUUCGUGCUAUUUUGAGUGGCUACGCUUGUGACUAGGCUCGCGUCUCUAAAGGGUUUUGCCUAGGACCAGCACAAUACCAUCGUUGAAUGAUUAUUCAACUUGCUUUGAUUAAUGUGGUUCUAGCUGUACCUUGAUAUUACUUGCAGCCACCUAUAGCUCCACAAAUUUUUAUCUACUAUAUCACAGGAUCGUGCUUGUUGUCGGCUCCGGUACUACUAACCGUUGUUGCUGUUCUUGCUGUUUGCCAACGCCUUUUACAUAACAAAGUAAGAACAUGUAAGAACUCGUUUGCACAAGUUUGGUAGAAGUGGAGAUGGACAACACCUAGCUCCAAUAGUUGAUAGGACAUAUUUCUUGUGAAUUGUUUCUUCCCAUUAACCAUGACAGGAGGAUCAGGGGAGCACCCUCAACAUUCACCACGUACGAGGGGCAUCAUACAACAUUUUGAGCGCCAAGUGAGGGAGCAUGCUGAAGGCCUUGAUGAGGAUGUUAGGGUCGCCAAUGAUCGCCUUGGUCAAUUGGAGGCUGCUCAAAUUGACACCAACUCCAAGCUUUCCUCAUUGGAGAGGUCCCUUGUGGCUGUGAACACUUCUCUUGCAGGUAUCUUGAAUACGUUGGAGAGAAUGGGCCAAGAUGGUCAUGAUGGAUCGGCUAGGCGCAACCACAAUGGCCAUGAUGCUAAUAGCAGCAUCGCAGCAAGGGAAGAACUGGAGUACGCUGCUGACACUGAGCAUGAUGAGGAGGUACUUGGUCGUCCACAAAGACAACAGCGCCGGCAGCGCCAUGGCAUGGGCGCUCCACCACAGCGGGAGGUACGUGAUAAUGAUGAUUCUUUAGGCAAGAUCAAGUUUACCAUUCCUUGCUUUGAUGGAAAAUAUGACCCUGAUGCAUAUCUUACUUGGGAGUUAGCCAUUGAUCAGAAAUUUACUUGCCAUGAUUUUCCUGAGAAUAAACGUGUUAGGGCUGCUACUAGUGAGUUCACUGAUUUUGCAUCCAUUUGGUGGAGUGAAUUUGUUCGUUCCAAUCCAAAUAACACUCCCCAAACCUGGGUUGCAAUGAAAAGAGUCAUGCGAGCUAGAUUUGUUCCUUCAUAUCAUGCACGUGAUUUGCUGCACAAAUUGCAACAACUUAAACAGAGAAACAAAUCUGUAGAGGAGUAUUAUCAAGCUUUGCAAACAGGAAUGCUUCGUUGUGGAUUGGUAGAAAAUGAUGAUGCUGGUAUGGCUAGAUUCAUGGGUGGGCUGAACCGAGAAAUUCAGGACAUUCUAGCCUACAAAGAAUAUAAUUCAAUUAAUCGUUUGUUUCAUCUUGCUUGUAAAGCUGAAAGGGAAGUACAGGGACGAAGAGCUAGCUUCAGGACUAACAUUUCUGCAGGUCGUGCUAGCUCUUGGACAUCUUCUAACGCUGCUGCACCGUCAACUCGAGCAGCAGCACCAUCGUCCUCAAGCAACAAGCUGCGUCCCUCUACAACAAACUCUACACCAUGCCCGAGUGAACCAACAAGAGGGGUUGCUGCUACACCUUCCAAGAGCUCAUCAUCAGUAGCUUCAUCAGGAAGGACAAGAGAUAUUCAGUGCCUACGCUGCAAGGGCUAUGGUCACGUGCGCAAGGACUGCCCAAGCACUCGUGUAAUGAUUGUGAGAGCUGAUGGUGGGUACUCCUCUGCUAGUGAUUUAGAUGAAGAAACCUAUGCUUUGCUUGCAACUAACAAUGCAGGGGAAGGUGACGCGCCCCACCAAGAUGAGGAACACAUUGGGGCUGAAGCUGCAGAGCACUAUGAGAGCCUCGUGGUGCAGCGAGUGCUAAGCGCACAAAUGGAAAGGGCUGAACAGAAUCAGCGCCACACCUUGUUUCAAACCAAGUGUGUGAUCAAGGAACGCUCUUGCCGCGUGAUCAUAGAUGGAGGAAGCUGCAAUAAUUUGGCUAGUGCUGAAAUGGUGGAGAAACUUGCAUUGAGCACACAGCCACAUCCACAGCCCUACUAUAUUCAAUGGCUUAAUAGCAGCGGCAAGGUAAAGGUAACACGAUUGGUAAGAGUACAUUUUGCCAUUGGUUCUUAUCAUGAUUCAAUCAACUGUGAUGUUGUGCCUAUGCAAGCAUGUUCUAUGUUAUUAGGUAGGCCAUGGCAGUUUGAUAAAGAUUCUUUACACUUUGGCAAAUCCAAUCAAUACUCCUUUGUGCAUAAUGGAAAAAAACUUGUGUUACAUCCUAUAUCUCCUGAAGUUAUUUUAAAGGAUGAACUUGCUAGAGCUAGCAAACAAAAAAAUCAGGAGCGUACUAGGAGUGAGCAUCUUAUUGCGGCUAAUGAACUUGAGAAGCAUAAGAAGAAACCCACCAACUCUGUUCAAAAUAAUAAAAAUGAGAUUAAGCUGAAGGGAUCUUGUUUCAUUGCAACAAAAUCAGAUUUGGAUGAAGUUGACACUGACACUGUUGUUUGCUAUGCUUUGGUUUGCAAAGAAACCUUAUUUCCAAUUGAGGAUACUCCUAUUUCUUUGCCUCCUCCGGUCACUAACCUUUUGCAGGAGUAUGCUGAUAUUUUCCCAAAGGAGGUUCCAUCGGGGCUGCCACCAAUUCGAGGGAUUGAGCACCAAAUUGACCUCAUUCCUGGGGCCUCUCUGCCAAACCGUGCGCCAUACAGGACCAACCCGGAGGAAACAAAGGAGAUUCAGCGUCAAGUGCAAGAGUUACUCGACAAGGGGGAAUUGAAGUAGAUCAAGCCAAGGUUGAAGCCAUACAUAGCUGGCCGGUUCCAACAACGAUCACACAAGUGAGAAGCUUUCUAGGACUUGCUGGGUUCUACCGCCGCUUUGUGAAGGAUUUUAGCACCAUUGCAGCCCCAUUACAUGAGCUUACCAAGAGAAAUGUCACAUUCACUUGGGCUGCAGCACAAAGGAAUGCAUUCGACACUUUGAAAGAUAAGUUAACACACGCUCCUUUACUCCAACUUCCUGAUUUCAACAAAACUUUUGAGCUUGAAUGUGAUGCUAGUUGGAUUGGAUUGGGUGGUGUGUUGUUACAAGAAGGCAAACCUGUAGCAUAUUUCAGCGAGAAAUUGAGUGGGCCUAGUUUGAAUUAUUCUACUUAUGAUAAGGAAUUGUUUGCUCUAGUGCGAACAUUGGAAACAUGGCAGCAUUAUUUAUGGCCCAAAGAAUUUGUUAUACACUCUGAUCAUGAAUCUUUGAAACACAUUCGAAGUCAAGCAAAACUUAACCGUAGGCAUGCUAAAUGGGUUGAAUUUAUUGAAUCUUUUCCAUAUGUCAUCAAACAUAAGAAGGGAAAAGAAAAUGUCAUUGCUGAUGCUUUGUCUAGACGUUACGCAAUGCUAUCCCAACUUGACUUCAAAAUUUUUGGCUUAGAAACAAUAAAAGAGCAAUAUGCGCACGAUGAUGAUUUUAAAGAUGUGUUGUUGAAUUGCAAGGAGGGAAGGACUUGGAACAAAUUCGUUCUCACCAAUGGGUUUGUGUUUAGAGCUAAUAAGUUAUGCAUUCCAGCUAGCUCCGUGCGUAUGCUAUUAUUGCAGGAAGCGCAUGGUGGAGGGCUGAUGGGACACUUUGGUGUGAAGAAGACGGAGGAUAUUCUUGCUGAUCAUUUUUUUUGGCCUAAGAUGAGGAGAGACGUGGAGAGGUUCGUUGCUCGCUGCACAACAUGCCAAAAAGCUAAGUCACGCCUUAACCCUCAUGGUUUGUAUAUGCCUUUGCCUGUUCCUAGUGUGCCUUGGGAGGAUAUUUCUAUGGACUUUGUUUUAGGGCUGCCUAGAACAAAGAAGGGGAGGGACAAUAUCUUUGUUGUUGUAGAUAGAUUUUCUAAGAUGGCGCAUUUCAUACCUUGUCAUAAGAGUGAUGAUGCUACACAUGUUGCUGAUUUGUUCUUUCGUGAGAUUGUUCGCUUGCAUGGAGUGCCAAACACCAUAGUUUCUGAUCGCGAUACAAAAUUCCUUAGUCAUUUUUGGAGAACCUUGUGGGCUAAGUUGGGGAUUAAACUUUUAUUUUCUACUACAUGUCACCCCCAAACUGAUGGAUAAACUGAGGUGGUGAAUAGAACAUUAUCUACAAUGCUUAGGGCUGUUUUGAAAAAGAAUAUUAAAAUGUGGGAAGAAUGUUUGCCUCAUGUUGAGUUUGCUUAUAAUCGUUCACAACAUUCUACUACUAAGAAGUGCCCUUUUGAGAUUGUUUAUGGCCUUCUACCCCGUGCUCCAAUUGAUCUUUUGCCCCUCCCAACUUCAGAGAGAGUGAACUUUGAUGCAAAAUAUCACGCUGAAUUGAUGUUAAAACUGCAUGAGACCACUAAGGAGAACAUAGAGCGCAUGAAUAUUAAGUAUAAACUUGCUGGGAGCAAAGGAAAGAAACAUGUUGCUUUUGAACCUGGUGAUUUGGUUUGGUUGCAUUUGAGAAAGGAUAGGUUCCCUAAUUUGAGAAAAUCUAAGUUGCUACCUAGAGCUGAUGGUCCUUUCAAAGUGCUACAAAAGAUUAAUGACAAUGCAUACAAACUUGAGCUACCUGCCGAUUUUGGGGUUAGCUCCACGUUUAACAUUGCAGAUUUAAAGCCAUAUUUGGAAGAAGAAGAUGAGUUAGAGUCGAGGACGACUCAAAUGCAAGAAGG